ACAAAAUAUACACAAUCGAUCGGAAAUCCGUAGCAAUUUUAACGUUUUCGUUUCAGAGCAACGGUAAAGAAAAAAAAGAGAAGGACAGGGUGCGAGGUGACGUUUCGCAAAUCGAAUGACAAUUUGUCGUUUCAUGUAAUGAGCAACGCAUGUGAGGAUUCGUGCCCUUGGACAAAUUAUUUGUCGGAGGCGAUCAAUAAAUGCGUGCUCAACCUGUUGUCAUUGCUGUCAACUUUCGGACUAACCUUCAAUUCCGACGUUAUCUCCGAUGACGGGACGUUCAAGCUCCGCGAAUCCGUCGACGAACUGGUAGCAUUGCUAUCGUUCGACGACUUUCAAUUUCAACUGCUCAAGGUCUUCCUGUUAACGUUUGUGAGCAUCGUAGCGUUGAUCUUCAUUGCCUGGCACAUUUACGGAUCCAGGAUUUCAGAGCAAUUCAUGAAAGCAGGUGUUGCCGAAGAUUACAAUUUAUCCACUGAGACUUUUACUGAAUAAUAAUUGACUAACUAAUAACGACUUAUAAUAUCUGAUAAUUAUGGCUGAUAAAAUCAAAUCUUUUUUCCAAAAAAAAAAGACAAGUGCAAAGUUUAUGAAAGCAGGAAAAGGCUACAAGUUAACUGAAUCUACUAGUACCGCAUAUACGCAGGAAUCUAAAGAACCAAUCAAAAGAGCAGAACCGACAGAAGAAGCUAAAGUUGCAGGUCAAGCAGCCUUGGCAAGAUUAGAAGCACAAAAAACUGACAAACCAAGAUUUAAUACAUCAUAUGCUGCUAUUCAAGCACGCGUUAAACGUGAAUUGGAACUAGAGAGAAAAGCACAGCAGAAUGCACAACAAACAGAAGACGUGGCCUUGAAAAGAAAAGUAGAUAAAAUUGAGGAUCCUUCCAUUUUCGCGGUUACCGAUGUAUUUUUCCGUUGUCCCUAUUUAACCGACGAAGUAUUGCCUCGAGAUGAGUGGAAGAAGAAAAUAAGAGAAUUUUUGUACGAACAGCUAGAAGGGGAAGAAGCUGGUUUGACAUCUUGUUUAAUUAUUCAGAGUUGCAACACCGGAAAGGAAAGAAUUGAUGGCUGUGUAGAAACGCUCGGCAAAUAUUUGGAUAAUAUCAUUAACAAUCCUGGAAUCGAGAAAUACUGGAAGAUUAGAAUGUGUAAUAAAAUAUUUCAAGAAAAAGUCAUGCCUAUUGAAGGAGCAUUAGAGUUCUUGAAGGCAGCUGGUUUUGAGAAAAAGAAACUAUUGAAUAACGACAACGAAGAGGACUUUUUAGUAUGGAGUCCCGACUGUUGUGAUAUCGAGAAUCUUGUAAUCCUGGUCGAAGCACUGAAGUCCGCGGAGCCCAUUCCCAUUGAGUUGGACAGAAAUUUGCAAGUGCUAAUGCCCAGCCAAGCGCGCGUGAGAAAUGAGUUGCCACCCAGUUUCUUCACUAUGACUCCGGAAGAGAUAAAGAGGGAGCAACAAUUACGGACGGAGGCUGUGGAAAGAAAUCAGAUGCUACGAACGAAGGCUAUGAGGGAGAGGGACGAGCAGCGUGCGCUUAGGAGAUACAAAUUCGCAGUGCUUCGUAUUAAGUUUCCGGACGGGAUAAUAUUACAGGGUACAUUCUCGGUGCACGAGAAGUUGAAAAACGUGAUCGAGUUUGUCGAUGAAAAUCUGGUAGACGACAAAGUGUCCUUCUUGCUGAUAACGCCGGACGGGAUUAAACUGGUGGAGGAGUGUCGCGAGAAGACGCUGUUGGAAUUACGAUUGAUUCCAACUGCUAUAUUGGAAUUUUCGUGGGAUUCAUCGGUUAGGGAAAAUAUGCCUAAGGGAUACUUGAAGGAUGAUGUACUUUGUUAUAUACAAGCUGUUUGAGAUAGAGAGUAUAAUAUUCUACUCGAUGAUAAGUACCAAUCAAUUGAGAAGGAUUUUUUUUUUAGAUACAUUUUGUCAUAUGUUGUUUUUGCACUUCAAGGUAAUAAUUGCAAAAUAAAUCAUCGUACUGUCGCGAUCUUGCGACGAUUCCAGUUUAUUUUUUUUUGUUUCUUUUUACAGAUCCGAAUGUUUUGAUUGUGUUUUAAUAUUGUUAUAUUAAAACACAAUCAAAUCAUUCGAUCAGUUUAACAACAUUAAAGUUUUAAUAUUGUUAUAUUAAAAAAAUUUAGUGUUGUUAAACUGAUCGAAUUAUAUAUCAAUCAGGCUUUUUAACUGAUCGAAUUAAUUUAAAUCAGGUUUUUAACAAUAAAGGAAUAAAGUUUUUAUUACUAUCUUUACACUUACCUUUGUUACUUAAAUAUGUAAAUUAUUGUAAAAAACAUUUUCUUCCGUCAUAAUUUUACUAUAUAUAUAUAUAUA